CUGUGAUCCACAGGCUCGACACACGAUUUUAAUUAAUACUUUGUUGAACCCGAAGCAAGGCUUAUUUCCAUGAGCUAUUUCUCUUUACGACAAUUUUCCGCCCCUCAUUAGACCGGAAGUGAGCUCAGAAAAACUCUUUUCCAAUACCAAAGUAUAAAGCAGUAAUAUUGCUUUAUCUUGCUGUUCAGUCAAAUUUUCGCUCUGAACAUGUUUAAAGCAGCAUACCAAAGAGAUAAAACAACAAAGCUUUGGCGCCUCACACGUACUCCGGACGAAGAUGAAUUAAUCCAAAGUGACGCAUAUCUAAAAUUACGAAGAGAAUAUCCUGUAAAUUUGACUUUUCCCAACCGAUCAGAGAAUCAGCAUGUCAUAAAUAAUUAUUCGUGCGAAUGAAAUUCGUCAAACACAACGAAAACUUGCUUGGAUGUGGUCUGUAGGUGAUCGGAAGGACAAUAUCGAGUCAAGGUGAUUAUGCAUUCAGUGGGCUGGGGCUUCAAGAAGUGUCAAGUGACGUCACAAUAUGACUGACUAUGAUGUCAAAUGUCAACAAAGACUAGGGGAGGUUUUCCAUUGAUCGAUUUCACAAAGAACCGCAAACCCAUGUGCAAGAAGUAGUCCAUUCUCGUAAAUAUAUUCCUUUUUCUCGUUUUUCCAUUCCGAUCUGAAACUUUUCAGGGCUGUUGAUUGAAGAAGAUCCGAUCAUUUCAGCAAGCAAUCGUGGAUUCAUUCGUGGACUUACGGCUGGAAACUAAGAACUGAAGAGCAAACAUUUAGAUUCGUUCAUUGGAAACGACGAUUUGGGCCGAAACAGCUCAGAGAGAUAACGCACGAUUUAUUGAAGUUUCUACAGCAAUAGGACUGACAACAAAAAGAUGAAAACGAUUGGGGCUAUAAAGUUUCGGAAAAGUAAGAAACAGUGAAACGCAUCGGCUCGAUAACCAAUUCUUUGAACCUUGUGACGAACAGCGAACCAACCGUACCCCGGUAUCGAGAGAUUGGUUAUGAUAUGGCCAGAGAAUUGAUUCCCAGCUUGCAACCAAUUUCUCCAUUAGAGCAUCCUGGAGCUUCUUGUAGUACUAUCAUCAAGAGUGAUAUAAAGUCAAGUUGUAGCCCACAAGUCAUUGAUCUCACAAGCGAAGGCUCUUUAACGACAAUGCCACAUCAGCCAUUAAGGCAUAUGCCUCCUUAUCCAACUCAUCCUCAUCAUUCAUCAGCAUUCCACAGAGUUAAUAAUCCACCAGGUCACCUACCCUCAGAAAGUCAUGGGAGUUCAUCGAGUCAUAGCUGCCCCUUUCUUCAUCAAAGGCAACAGCAACACCAUCACCCCUCACACAAUAGACUUUUCCAUCCACCAACAAACAACAAUUUCUGCCCUCUCAGUAUGGGAUCUACGGUUCCUUUGCAACAUCCCCCACCCCAUUCUGGACCACCAGUUCUUAUUGAUGUGGAUCAAAUACCUGAUCAUGUCAGAGCAGUACCGGUUACGAGCCUACCAAACUCUUUGCUAGUUGCAGGAGUUCCUGUUGCAGCUCCAACAUACAUUCAGCCUCACCAUUCUCCAAUGGAUGUUGAUGGCAGAGGAAGUAAUGGAGUCAGUACACACCACCAUCAUCAUUAUCACCACCAUCACCACCACCAUCAUCAUCAUAUUGUGCAGCCUCCUUUUCAAGUUCCACAGCCACAGGCAUACCACCCAUACCCUACACCUGGAAGUAUGCACUACAGACACUACCGAAGAUGGCAUCAUAAUAAUACAUCCCAUCCAGGUUGGCCAUCCCGGCGUGCCCACCGCACACCUCCACCACCACCCCCUCCCCCUGUGCACUCUGGUGUACAUCCAUACCCUGAUUUACUCUAUCAUUUAAUAUCUGUGAUGUCCAUGCAGCAGUUAGCAACGCAGCCAACUCCUGCUUCAUGGGAAGAAGAGUUACAUCCACGUGAAAACUACGAGACCCUCCUUAACUUUGCAGAGCAAAUGGGAGAGGUAAAACCUAAAGGAUUGUCUCGUGUAGAAAUUGAUCAACUUCCCACAUACCGGGUGACAGCAGGAGCAAAGGAAGAAGCUGAUGAAAAACGAUGUGUGGUUUGCCUAGUAGAUUUUGAAGAGAAACAGCUUGUCAGAGUCUUGCCCUGUCUGCACGAGUAUCACACAAGGUGUAUUGACAAAUGGCUCAAGUCAAACAGAACAUGUCCCAUAUGCCGAGCAGAAGUAAAUGUCAAUAUGGAUUGAAGUGAAGUGUUCAAAAAAAUGGAUUAAAGGGUGAUAUACUCUUUACGAAGAACCAGAGAUAGUGGCUGCAGUAAAUUUGGGUUCAAGAAAGCUAGAUGUGAAAGGCUCUCUUAUUGUAAAAAGCUAUAAAAUCUUAAUUGCCAUGUAACUGUUAGGUGUUCCAUAAAUGAAAGGUGCAAUAAUGCAAACUUUGAAGAAGUGCUAUACUUUUGGAGGUGUUGAGACAGUUGACAGAACCAGCUUAUGUUGACAUCAGACAGUAGUUAACAUUGCCGCUAUCAAGAUAUUGUGCCCAUUAUACCAAUACAAUAAAACAAAACAAUUUAUUUUGAGCUUAUGGAAUAUUCCAACCCUUCAAGUUGUAGUAAAGUCAUCUCAGAAAAUAUGAAGCAAUUAUGCAAAGCAUUAAAAUUCUUUUUUGCAGAAGUUUUAUUGGGAAAUUUGUCUCACUUCAUGCUACAUAGCUUUCAUUUUUGAAUUUAAAAUAUAUAGGUCAGUCAUAUAUUUUACUGCCAAAUACAUGGCUUUAUGAACAUGUCAAUGAAUAUGUAGUUUGGUUAAUAAGUAUAUGUAGCUUGAUGUUAAGUGGUCAAACAGUUUUCAAUCUCUUAAUCUUAAUGAUCUAAGAAUUUCUGGUCUAAAUGAGAAUAUUGAGGAAACCUAUUUUUCCUUGUGAAUGUCACCAAUGCUAUCUUUUGCAUCCAGGAACUUUUCAGAUUAGUCAAGUAAAGGUUGUCUCCACUUGCAUUUAUUGAUAUUGGUAAAUGAAGUCCAUUCUUCACCUGUUAUUUCAUGCAAGUAGUUUUGAAGAGGACAGUUCAGUUUUUUGGUUUUUUAAUCAUGGUUAAAGUAUCUCAUUACACUUUCAGUGGAAUAAGAAACUGACAACUUUCACUUUACAUGAUAAGUUGCAGAACAAAGAUGAAUUAACUGGGCAUGACUGAGCAGCGUUUUUUAAUCUCCAUUUCCUUUGCUUUGAUGAAGUUUCAGCAUACAGGUUGCAAAUUCACUUUUCAUAAUUCAUUGCAAGCAAAGAUAUUUCUGGUGUUAUCAAGUCCUUGCCACCAGUACCUGGGCACUGUGAGCAGUAACGUUGGCAUUCAAAGCUUGCACUUUCAGAAAUUUAGUCAAGUUAAUAUUAUCUCAACUGCAGUAAACCUUCUAUUGUUGGUAUUACAUGUGUAACAGAUGGGGUCUCCUAGUCUGUGUGCACUUGGAGGGGUGACACUUGUGGCAUUUUGCUCAAAGUUUUCAGCAUGAGUGAUCUGACCUUUAUCAUAACUAGACUCAAUAUGCUUGUUUUGUAUUUUGCUUUUCUUGCAAGUUAUUUUAUGUGGAGCAAACUUAACUGCCUUCCCGAAAUAUGAAAAUUUACUACCUCAUUAUUUUGUUACCUGUGAGAAACAGAGAAGUGUACUUUGCUCAUUCAGUUUCCAGACAGAAACCCUCUCAUACCAAAGCAAUUUGUAAAUAGAGAAUAGCCAUUCAGGAGUAAGAUAUGCUAGGUAUGAAAACUAAAAAGUGGGAAAAAUAAUUUUUAUAAAGUAAUGUCACAUACAUAUAGAUAUAUUCUGCUGUUUUGUACAAAAAAAGUAUAAGUUACCAUGUGCAUGGGGAUCAAUUUGGCUGUGAAAGUUAACAAAAGAAGUUGAGAACAACAUACUAAGCAAAGUUGCAUAACUGAUUUUAUUGAAAGGAAUUUUAAAAAUUGCAGCCAUGAAAGUCAAUGUACAUGAAACAGCAAUAAUGAAUAAAGACAACUUUUAUGAAA